AACCGUAUGCAGUAGUGCUUAUCGAUAUCAGUGACGCACAGUGGAAGGAUUAAAAUACACCGUUGGAGCCUCUGUUAAGGCUCGCUCGCCUGGAUACUGAUACCUAAUUUCUGGAACAUCAUUCCCACUGCUGAUAGCGCUUUCAUCCUACAUCACCCUUAGUGAUCGAAAUAUGUCAGCUACCGUGUACAAGUACUCGUGAAUAAUCCGGUUAAUUCAAUUAUUGAGAAUGUGAAAAUGGUGGAAAUGAAAAUUGGUGAAGCUCCUGUCACGAGAGAUGAUCAAUUUUGAAUUACAUUCAGACCGAGAGAAUAAAAUAUUUCUACUUCGAAUGUGAUACGUUAUCACUCGGCUGUAGACACGGGAAACUUUACUUAUUGCCAUUUACAUAUCAGUGAACGAUUGUUUAUCAAACGAAUGCCAACUUACCAGCACAGGAAAUAAAAAAAUCAUGAAGGCAGUGUAUUCACAAUAUUUAAUUGCUCUGGCAGCAAGUUCGGUGUUGAUCCCCUACGGCCAAUCAACCGCCUGGCUGAUGGUGGCGAUUCCCGCGCUGCAGAGCAAGCAAAACACCCUGAACUUCACAUCCGACCAAGUUGGAUGGAUAGCCAGUACCACCCCGAUAUUCACCAUAGUAGGCUCCAUUAUAUCCAAGUACUUCAUGGAUGUCAUUGGUCGUCGAAACAGCCUCAUCCUAUCGAUGCUCCCACUCACGUGCAAUUAUAUACUGAUGAGAUUGAACACAUUUGAGGGAUUCAUCGUAGGAAGAGCACUCGUGGGAUUAUCACUAGGGUUUUCACCGGUUCUGUCACUCUACUUCGGGGAAAUUGCGAGUGAUAAAAUCCGGGGAAGGGUGAAUUUUGUGGCGAGCAUCGUGAGAAGUGUCAGCACAGUUCCAGUUCUGCUGGCCAGUUCUUUUCUAGAUCUUCAUACGCUGAACUUCUAUCUUCUUGUUCCUUCAAUCAUCGCCGUGCUCCUGCUGUACAUGAUACCUGAGAGUCCCUACUUCUAUCUGAUGAAAGGAGACUAUCGGAGAGCCGAGAGAGCUCUUGAAUGCAUCCGCGACGCAAGAGAAGUUUCCAAGGACCUGGUGUCUAUCCAGCAUUACGUGGAUGCGAAGAUAGAGUGUGGAAGUAGCUUUGAACUUCUGUGGAAGAAUCGAGGGACUACCCGAGCAUUCGCCAUCCACCUUUGGCUUUUGAUCUAUCUCCAGUUCAGUGGAACAUCAGUGAUAAAAAAUUAUGCUGGUUUUCUCCUUGAAAAUGUUGGCUCACCGUUGGAUGCAGGAGUUGAAAUAGCCAUCACUAUGGUCAUCACUAUUAUUAUAUGCUGCAUCGCAGCAUUAUUCGUGGACAAUUUGGGAAGAAGGUCGAUGCUCUUCUUGGCAAGUAUUCCCAUCAUCAUUGCUAUGUUAAUCGCAAGUGUCUUCUACUUCCUCCAAGAAACGAAUCACGAUGUCUCCCAUUUCUUGUGGAUCCCAUGGCUGACUGUGCUCUUGAUCAACGUAUCGAAAUAUGCGGGUUUGCAACCAUUGGAACAUAUUCUGAUGUCUGAAUACUAUCCUUUGAAUAUUAAAGCAACUGCGAUGUGUCUGAUUCAUAUGGCUGAGGCUUUAAUGGAGACCAUUGUUGUGAAGCUCUUUCAGGAGUCCACAGACUUCAUGGGUUUUGGUUCUGUAUUUUUAAUCUGUCUAUUCGUUUAUAUUAUUGGUACAGCAGUCAUGUACUUCGUCAUGCCAGAAACAAAUAAUCUGUCUUUCGCGGAAAUCGAAACAGUCUUCGAACAACAAUUCAAAUAGAUAUGUAAAAAAGUGUCUGAUCCAUCACGCGGUUCUAUCACUGUACCGAUUUUCGUCGAUGUCGUUCAUUAGGACUAUUAUUGAAAGACAAAUGGAAAGCUUUGCCACAUUAUUGUAUGACAAUUCGGAAUGACCCUCGUUCUUCUCGGCAAUUAUUCCCGUCAUCAUUACUAUGUUAAUAGCAAGUCCAUUCCAAAUCGUGAUGUCUCUCGAGUUUCGCGAAUUUCAUUAUCCUGGAUCUUUUAUCUAUCCACUGAUUUAUAGAAUUCUCUCAUCGAUCAUGUAUUUCCUCAUGCCAGAGACAAAAAAUACGUCCUUCCUGGAUAUUGAAAGGAUCUUGGAGAAGUAAUAUUACUGAAUCUGUAGUUUAAUAAAAUCUUCGAUCAUUGUUCUGAUGUUCAUCAACGCAGUUUUAUCAUGUAGUCGUUGUUCUCAUUUAUUAUGCAGCUAGAGUAUAGAAAGUAGAAUGAAGAAUGGGUAUAGGUAGAAGUGUUAUGAGCCCGGGGAGAGCAUACAGCUCGAAUUCUCAAUGCGCCUUGGCCCUAGUGAGACACCGUUCGCGUGGAAUCUUAUUGAAAGGCGAGAUAGGGACGCUAGACUUUUCCUUUCCACGCUUGCUUGAGCUCUCACCCUCUCUCGAGCACACACCUCAGGGCUUUUACUUCUUUUUUCGUCGCCACCUACACCACUUUUUUCCCCCCUUCUUUCCUCCCACCGCUUCCUUUCUCUUCAAUCUCUUUACUCUUUUUGCCAGCGUCGCCCUGCUACUUAUUUCACAGUUUCUUUAUUUUUCUGUUUCUUCAUUUUUCCCUCGUUUUUUUUUUCACCCUCUCCUUUUGCCUCGCUGUAAUUUUUUUCUUCUUCUGCAAACCUUACCAACUCCGUGUGACACCGCAUCAAAGAUUUACCGCGUGAAAAUAUCGGUCUUUCCUGGGGUGCAUGGGUGGUACACGAGUUACGCUACAUAUAUUUCUCCCUGUCAAUAUUGUUUCAGUCGAGCGAAGAAAGAGAAAGAACAGGGGAAAAAGGGCGACAAUGCCGAACGGCCGGGGACAAAUCCCAGAUCAUGAUUUUUGUUUUUUCGUUUUUUAAGUGAGGUAAAAUGAUUGGCGAGUUUGCUACACGAUUUUUCACAAUAUUCAUCUUUUGCCGUGCGUUCAAACUGUUUGCCUAGGGAUGUAAAUUAUAAAAUGCUAGCUACGUCGAAAAAUUUAUUAAUGGAAUUGCAACGGCCAUUCAAUUUCCCGUGCAACAGUGCGGAGCGAAAAUGGGGAGAGAGGAGGAUGAACUACUCGGCGCCGAAGGGUAUAGGCUGACCCGGUGAACUCUAUACCUUCGGCUGCAUACUGACACGAGUGCAGAGAGGCUAAAUAAAUAAUAAAAAAUAAACCGAAUAUGGACCGAUAUUUUGAGAUUUAUACAUUGACGAAAUCUCUUCGGUACAUCGGUGCUAUAUUGACGUGUUGUCGGACUGAAUUUUGGGUCACAAAAUAUUCCGGUUCGCUCGGAAUAUUUUAGUAUUUAUUCCUCAUGACUUUGUCCUUUGUCUUACUCUUCUGCGGUUAUGGAAUUCUGCUAAAGAAAAUUCUUUAGCGGGUAAAUCACUAGAGGAUAACCACCACCGGUGGUGGUAACCACACUUGAAACUUUUCAAAUUCACUUCUCCUCAUUCGACAUCCCAUGUACACGGCAGUUUCAGCUUGUUAGUGAGGAGCUUCGUUCGAAACUGUAGUAUUGGAAAUACAGUGACAAAAUAGUGUUAUACAAGGGACCCUAGUUUGGGGUAAAACUGAGUCGUUAUUCGGUAACCAAUGGUAAACUUCACCCAAGGUGUUGAAGAAACUUCUUAGCAUUGAUAUUACUGGUGUUCACCACUGGAAGACAUUGAACGAGAAACAUGAUGAAGGGUAUGUGGUAGAAAAUUCAACUCGUUUGAUGCGCUGAAAUGCAAGUCACCUUUGUCGACGAAGCUCGAAUAAUUUGUCAUCUACUGGGAGCGAUUUUAAUAGAGAUCAACGACUCGGUUGACUAACGAGAAUCUCUGGUGUCUUCUAAGUGUGAAAAAUGAGGGAACAAGCGGAGACGGUUAUCGAUCAAUUGGCACUGAAUGAUUCGGGGCAACAUGCGAAGAAAAUGAUGAAACAAGGAUCUGAGGAAAUUUUCGGGUGUGGAGUCGUUCCUUGAGAUUUGGUAAUUUAAAAUUCAAAAAAGGGGAAACAGCAAAAUUUAUCUGAUCCUUCAUCUUUUGAUGUUCAAUAAUAUUCAGAUCAUUCAUUCAUUUGAGUAAUAAAAUUACAUAUCAGUGGAGCGAUUAGGCAUCUAUCGAUGAUUAUCGAUUAUCGCAAGUCUCUAAGACUCUACCAGCCUCUAGGAACCUUCACCAACCCCGAAGAAAAAAGACAGAGAUUUAAAAAAAUCAUAAUUUUCAAAAACCUGGGAAUCCCAAUAACGUCUUCCCAUGUCUCGAUGAUCUCUCGUCUAUUCCCGAUGAUUUCCGACUAAGUUAAUGACUUACUCGAACUCCAGGCACCUUCGUCAUCCCCCAGGGGAGCCAGCCAGUUCUCCACAGUCGAUAUAUCUUCUCCCCCUUCCCCCAAUAGUUGUUAUCUCUCUCAGAUAUGUUGACAUACAAAUCCUGGCUUCGGGGCAUCAACCAAGAUGUACUCAGUAUGUUCACAAAGCAUAUGCCCACACCCCAGAUCAAUAUGAUUCCCUCAGUACCCGUACAGAGGCAACGGGGCGAAACGAAGGGAAACAUCGGACGUAUGACGUACAAACAUGAUAGACGAGGGAAUUGCUCGACUUGGCGACGCCAUCGACCAAACAGAUGGACGCAAAUUCUGAGGAUAGUCUGUGGUUACCACUCGAUGAUUCAGUACGAUCCAUUUGACGUACCCUCGACCAAUUAUCAAAUGACUUAUUCACACCCUCAACGAACAUUUGAUGAUAAUCCAACGUUGCAUCACACGUUAUUCGAGAGUCUUCAACCCCUUGAGAAAUUAAAUGUGCGACAUAACGUGGAUCCUGCACAUGAGAAAUAUGAUGCUAUUCUCUGCUCCGUAACCGAUGCGUCUCAGGCAUCUUCCGGCUCCUGAGGGGCCAGAUGAUAAGACUGCGAGAUGUAGGGAAGGUUAUGAUGAAUGGCCAUGGUAUAUCAGAAGAAGCGUUCAAGGUACUUCAUUCCGGACGAUCUCGAUUUCACGUGCAGAAAGAGUAUGAGGAAAAUGGCAGGACCUUCCACUGAGUGUUGAAUUGGCCGUAUGACAGGGAAGAAAGUGCCCACAGGAUAUGGGCUUAUAUUUAUUCGGCUUCUUCAUCGUCACGUUCGAGAAAAUGGCUUCGUCCGGACAAUGCUAUUCACAGUGUACCAUAAAUAAGUGUUUCAGUAAAAAUUUCAUGGAGUUAAAUUUACGUGUUAUAUUUUUUAUGGAUAAAAGUUCAUUGAUGAGUUGUUUAUCGUUAUCAUCCGAUCAUUUGUGCUUUUUGGAAAAUUUUUGUUUUCGUAGAAUGAGGUGGAGAAUAAUAAUUUGAGGGAGAUAACAAGAGAACACUUGGCAUCUGCUGGCACAGUUGGACUCCCCAAGAUCUUGGCCAGGACAAUCUCGAUCGUACAAGCGGUUGAGAUCCUACUUCCUGUGGUUGUACCUCACACCCUCCGGUAUUUGUCCCUUUCUAUUUCAUUUCGCUCUCGCACUCCCUCUCACCAGCGAUCCCUGUGGCCUCAGCAGGACGAGCCAUUACUUGAAUUAUCCUGUCUUUUUUUUCUCACUGUUUUUAUCCCCUUCCGACGCCUACAUCCACUUCUACCCCCGGUAUAGACGACGAUGGGGGACAGGUCGUAUGGCCUCACUCCCUCCUCUUCACUUCCUACACUCGAGAAUUCACGCGGCAAAAGUCCCCUUGAAACUUUCUCAGCCUUUUCUUCCCUCUUUUUCAUCUAUAUAUCCAUGUAUGUACGACCGAGUAACCCCUCUCAACAAUACGUCCCGACGCCAAGUGCCGUUUCAACUUAAUUUUUAUUUUCUUUCUCAGUGUUAUCGUAUAUAUUUUCUCGUACAGCAGUAUUUGCUUCGCCGGGGAGUUGUUUGGACGAUUGUCGCUUCUGUUUCAAGUGAUAUAUAUCAGUUUUACGGCGUCCUACCCCUCGAACACUCUGGACACAUGAGAAAAUAAACACCAAUACCACCGGCCGGAAUAUUUGUCGCUGGAUACGUGGUGAGGGGUGGGGGAAUUACGUGUUUAUAUUUUUUUUUUAUUUAUUUUUAAAAAAACUUGAAAACUUUCGGACGAAUGCCACACGAAGCCUUUUCACCGCACGAUUUUUCCCCGGGUUCUUGAAAUUUUACCCCUCAUGUGCCAGAGAAAACUCGGUGUUUGCAAGUUUUACGGGAGUGAAAUGUGCAACUCCCCUAUCCUUAACUUUAUAUCAUCCUUCAACCCUGCGUUUUAAACUCAGAGUGACGUGUUAACGUCUGUGAUAUGUAUUUGUAGAAAAAUUCUUGUGAAAAAUAUGACCGGGUUUUUCUGUACAAAGAAACUCGUCUCAAAUUUGAAAUUUGACAUUUUCAGGCUUCUGGAUGAUAUCUUAUUUCUCAUUUUAUUUCGUCAGUAUUCGGAAAGUUUUGAACUUUAUUUUGCUGCAGUUGUAGGAUAUAUCUGGGUGAACUGUGGCUCGUCCCUUGGUAUUGUACGAUGGACCUGCAUUGGAUGGAAACGGGUUGAGAAGAGAUGGGGAUCAACCGUCACGUCGAGUGAAGUCAAAUUGCGUUGGCUCUGUAUAAUAUGGUUUCGUGCAAGUUUACUUUGCUGUGUCUGCACUUGGAAAAUUAUGCUCGGUAAAUGGCUUGUGCGUAUAUACUAAAUUCGAUGAGUUUUGAGAAUGAUGGAGGAGUAGCUUACACGAUCUUGGUGGCAUGGAAAUUUUAGAACAAGUAUGCGGGUGGAAUUUUUUUGAAAUUAUUUGGGAAUGGAUUCAGGGGAAAAGGGUUAUCGGUCACAACUUUCAGGGGAGUUUUAUCGAAUGACAAACUAUUUUAUAAUUCGGUAAAUAAUUGAUAAUUUUUUCACCUUCGGGACUUGCCAAACUUUCGUUGGGGACCUCUAAUUCCUCUCAGUCCCUAGUUUUGCUUUCCCUAGUUAACAAAUUCACGUUUAACAAUAAAUAAUUCCGUACGAAUUCCCGAGGCUGACGUUGGGCACUUUCGUAUUCGCAUUACAACACAAUUUCCGAGUUUUCAGGAUUUUUAUGUGAUUAUUAAACUAAAAAGUCAAUUAUCUGGUGGACAUUUAAACCAUUCGAUCAUUCGAAUAUUUUCCGACGACAAGAUUUUCAACAAUUUUAGGGGAAAUGAAACUCCGAUAAAAAUUCAAAAGUAGAAAUUCAUAUUCACUCGGUCUUAAAUUAAAAUUCAUGAAAGACAAUGACGGGAUGACUCAAAUUUCAAGAAAUUCACAAAAUGUUAAAAUCAAUGAAACUCUGCGAUAAAUCUUGUUUGUUAAUUUUUCAUCAACUGUUAUCCCUGUGCAACGAUGUACUCCACAAAAGCCACGGAGGUUUGUAGUCCCGUGUGAUUGGCUGGUCUGCGGGUCGUGUCAAUUGACACAAACCUCCAGCCUCGAAACCCGCGAACCCGUCGCACAAAUUGCUAUUUACUUUCUGACCCACAUGCGCCCAAUGGCCCCGAAAAACUCGAAAAUACCACUUCACGAGCUUCAGCCCCAGAGACUUUUUAUUUCUCCUUCGAAAUAAAAAAAAGUUACAAAUUAUUUUCACAUUAUGUUUUAUUCCCUCUCAGCUUGAGUACAAAGCUGAGAAUUUGCAGUUGAAGGGCCCCCGACUCUUCGUCAAGGGCUCGUGAAAAUCCAACGGGAACCAGCUAACAAAAGCUCGCACAUGCACGUCAGAGGGAGAAGGGAUUAGUGCUGGGAUAUGUAUCCAUCUCACAUAUUAUACCCGGGUGUACCUGUUGGGUAUUGAAACUAGGGCUGCACAUUCACGUGUAAUUAGUCACUGUCGGCUGCGAUUCGUUUAACCAUCCUCAAUUCCCGUUGUACAUACCCGGGGAAACGGUAAAUCCUUCAGAACCCCUCAAGAUACAGGAAUACAGGGAUGUAUUCUGAAAAGAGCUUCAUUAUUGCAGGGCCCCUAUCACGCGAUAUGCCGCACUAAUUUUUCCCCCUUUUUGCAAACCCUAUCGUUGUUGGAGAGUUGCAUUUUCGUGAUUAAUGGCACCGGUGUAACUCACCAGAAUUUAACCAUUGAAAUUCCGGUUGCAUGAUAUAAUUCUAUUUUUUUUCGCUGUAUUAUUUGGUCUAUAGAAAUUAUUCGUGUCGUGUGAGGGACGUUACAUAAAUCGUGAAUGUGAAUCGCGGAAUGAAACGCGUGAUAGACAUUUUUCAGAGGAUUUUUUAACUACGUUGCAAUAAAAUUAAAAUUAUUCGAAUUUUACAGAUGAAUUAAGGUGUUCGGUGUUUAGAAAAUUUGCAUUAAUUUUUGGUCUAUCCAGACGGUUUAUAGGGUAUGAAGAAUGUUGGGGACAAUAUUGUCAUGUUUGUAUUUAUGUAAUUUCAGAAAAGCAGCUGGAAUUGUUAUUGUAACGGAGCUUAUUAAAUACUAUUGAGAAGGACGAUUUCAAUGAAUUAUUCGAAACAAAUUUAUCUCUUUCGCACAAAAAUUAUCGUUGCUGGAGAGUGUUAUAUUCUCGUGAUUAAUAACACCGGCCAUAGGUCACAGGGGUUUACCCUUUGGAAUUCCGGUUGCGUGAUAUAAUUAUAUUUUUCCUCCGUAUUAUUUAUUCGUUGAAAAUUACUCGCGUCACAUAGAGAAUCAUAAUUCGUUAAUAUUAAUCGACGACCACGACGAGGAACUUUAUUUAUAAGAACCUCUUGUGAAUAUUUGACUUGGUGACUGUGUAUCCUAACUUUUGUAAAUUGUCAGAUAU